CUCUUAACAAGAUGACACUUUCUUUCCCUGAAUACGUUGUCUGUGUUUAUUGUCAUGGCACUGCUGCCUUCUUAGCCAGGUAUCCCUAGAAAAUAAAUCUAAAUGACUAAAAAUCAAAAAUCAAAAACAGAACAAACGCAUACAUUUACCUACAUCACGUGUCAUUUAUUAUUUAUUUAUUAAUCUGUCUGACAUUUUUUUCUGCAAGUAUAAGUUUGGAUUAUGUGAAAAGAAGGAAACUCUCUUGGGAAUCAAUGCAAUUUUCGUUUCCUAGUAGGAAUCCCCACUUAACUCAAUCAAGGUUAUUCGUCUUUUACUGUUUCUCAAAGGAGACUGGGGAGAGAUCAAGUAGCCCACACACUGUGCGGUGUGUGCGGAGGGGUGAUGCCUCGAGAGCGCAUCACAGGACGACAAAACCCCACUGCAAGACGCAGUGCCAGAAUAGAGCAGCUUUGGCACGAGAGCCGCUUUCCUGUAGUUUGUAGGAAAAGAGGGGAGAUCGUGCAGCAAGGAAUCCUCAAACAUACUACUUUUCAUGCCGGAAUCCUCCUGAUCAUCUCUGCUGGCUCGUGUACAGAGACAAUGUAGUGGAGAGAAAGAGGGGGUCUCCACCGGUGGAGAGAUCUGGGGAUGCAUGGACACGGUUAUGGGUGAUUAAUGCCAUUUUGCAGCUGCAAAACAAGACUGGAAAUGCACACAAAAAGUGGGGAUAAGUGAGUUUCGGGGCCCACAGGAUGGACACUGCGGAGGUAAUUCUCUCUGUGUUGGUGGUUGUGAUUAUUAUAGUGUCGUUGCUGUCCAACGUCCUGGUGCUGAUCUGCUUUCUGUACAAUCCGGAGAUCCGCAAGCAGGUCCCGGGUCUGUUCAACCUCAAUCUCACCUUCUGCAACUUGUUGCUGACCGUGUCCAACAUGCCGCUCACUUUGGCGGGACUUGUCAGCAAAGCUCAACCGGGAGGAGACGGUUUCUGCCAGAUUGUGGGCUUCCUGGAGACCUUCCUGUCCACCAACUCUAUGCUGAGCAUGGCAGCACUGAGCAUCGACAGGUGGAUCGCGGUGGUGUUCCCCCUGAGGUACCACUCCAAAAUGCGCCAUAAAGACGCGGCUUUUGUGCUCGGGUACACGUGGGCGCACUCCAUGUCCUUCUCCACGGUGGCUACCAGCCUCUCCUGGGUGGGAUACCACCGGCUUUACGCGUCCUGCACCCUGUCCAACCCGAGGGCGAGCAGUCGGACCCAGUUUGUUAUCUUCACCGUCUUUUUCCACUCCUUCACCUUUCUCCUGUCUUUUAUAGUGCUGUGUGUCACAUACCUCAAAGUGCUUAAAGUGGCAAGGUUUCACUGUAAGAGGAUCGACGUUAUCACAAUGCAAACUUUGGUGCUGCUGGUGGAUAUACACCCCAGUGUUCGCCAGCGUUGCCUGGAGGAGCAGAAGAGGCGACGACAGAGAGCGUCAAGGAAGAUCAGCACCUUCAUCGGCACCUUCAUGCUGUGCUUCGCUCCCUAUGUGAUCACAAGGAUCGUGGAGUUAUUUCCAGCGGUGCCUAUCAACCCCCACUGGGGAAUUGUAUCCAAGUGCUUAACUUACAGCAAGGCAGCCUGCGACCCCUUCGUGUACUCCCUGCUUCGACACCAGUACAAGAAGACAUGCACUGACAUCAUCAACAGGCUGCUGAAGCGGAGCUCUUUGAACGCAUCCGGGCGCAGGCAUGAGAACCAAGGCAACAGCAUACCGACGGCGGAGUGACAGGGAAAUAUGAAGCUGAUUUAUUGUUGAUGAAGAAGAGAACAAAUAUCGGUUGUUCCUGUCCACGUCUGCUUGAAUUUGGUCUGACACCCCCCCCCCCCCAAAAAAAGACAAGGGCAAAUCCCUGCACAGUAAUACCACUGUGCUUGCAUACUGAGCGCCCGGAACAGCAGAUCAGUGCAGUGAACUUGUUUUGAGGACAAUAAACUACGGCAGAUUUCACAUCCACCUGGAGAGACAGAUGUGCUCUCCCAAGAAGAACGGCCAGUUCAUAGCCUCAUGAUUUUAAUCUAGGGUACCUUUCAGUCUGAUAUAAGAUAUAUGGAUCUGACAGAAUAUCUGUUUGUUUUGACAUUACUGUAGUAUAUAUUUAUAUUAUCUUAAAAAAAAAAAAAAAGGAUAAGGGAUGGCUGUAUGUCUGUUUUAGUUUGUGCAAAGUGACAAGUUGAUACGUUGAUGCUGUAUGUAGCACUGAAAACUAGCCUAACCAAAACCUGAUACAAAACCAAGUUCCCUAAUUGUAUUACUGAUGAAAACAUACAGCAGACAGUUCGGCUCAGGUUAUUUCAGAUUGAUGGGGUAAAACACACUCCCAAUUAAACCAAUUCUAGGGUAUUUUUGUUGUACAUGGCCUUCUACUGUAAAGGCUAAUGAAGGAAAAAGCAAGAUUAUAUGUUUUUUUGUGUGCAUAACACCUUGCCGUCGUUUGUCCUCUCAGCACCUAUUUUGAAGGACCUACUGACCCAGCCAAGCAGAGUUUUAAUGGGGAGAAUGGGCCUUCAAACCGGCUGCCUUUGCUCUCAUGACUGACGUGCGCCCCUCAGGUUGUUUAGUCAAGUGGAGCAUUAGAGACUGUACUUACACGGGUUGGUACUCACAGAGAGGGGUAACCUGCAGAGACUGUUACUUUGCUUUCUCACACAUUUAAACAAGAUGGACAAGAAAGACAAAAGUACAUGAUGUCUUUAUUUUAAUGUCUAUAUUUAAUAGCAAUGAUGGCCGUCCAUGCAAAGAUACAAGCUAUUCUUAGAGCAAAGCAGCUAUGGAAGCAGAAAUGAUAUUUUUUGCUUCAGUCAGUAGUAAAGCAAAAUAAAUAGUCUCUGCUUUCUGUUUCUAAACAUCUAACACAGACUUUCUAACAGUUUCUGACAGCACCUCGAAGGCACCACCUUAUAUUUGUUUGGAUAACCCUGUCACAAUUUAUUGAACAUGCUAAUAAUAUUUAUAAUGUUUGUCAGACUCAAUGAAGGCAAUCAUCAUGCUCCUAAACAAGAUUAAGUGCUUGUUUUUGUUAUUCAGGAGAACAUGAACUACGAUCAUAGUAGUUUUGUACUAGACUACUAUGAAUGUGGAGGGUGUAGAUUGCCUACAUUAGAAAAGACUAGAUUUUACAAUAUUAACCAUCUCUUUUGAUCCAAUAGUUUUUACUUCCAGAAGUAACUCAUGUCUCAAACUAAACAAAGCAACAGAUGUUGAAAAUCCCCCUGUGACACUCAUAGUUAUAUAAGCAAAUAUUUUUCAUAUUUUUGGUAAUGGUUCGGCACAUGAGUGUAAGAGUUGGAAUGACGUUACUUUAUG